AUGUCAGAUCUUAUCUUAUCACCCCGCCGCGUCGAAGGCUAUAAGUUCAAGAGGAAGGAUCUCUACGAGUUCUUCGACAUCAGCGAGCGAACAGGUCGCGAGCUUCUGAAGGACCCGUAUGGGUGCGACCGUACGCGCCACAAUAAUCCGGAUCUCCCAGAGAUGCGCGGGCGCAAGCGGAAGGUCGUCGACGAAGACGCUGUCGACGAGAAUGGCAAGCCCCUGAGCAAGAGGAAGAGGAAAUCCGUAAAGAAGAAGAAGAAUUCACAAAAGAAAACAGGGCAGUGA